GCCUGAGCACUAGGCGGCGGCGACUGGCGUGGGGCGGUUUAGAUGCGCCACGGCUUCGGUAGCGACAGCAGCUCAAUCUGUGGCUGAGCAGUGCUAGCACCUCCUCCAGGAGACUGUUGCUGUCAGCCAGCCCCCUUCUCCACGGUAACCAUGUGCGACCGAAAGGCCGUGAUCAAAAAUGCGGACAUGUCGGAAGAGAUGCAACAGGACUCUGUGGAGUGCGCUACUCAGGCGCUGGAGAAAUACAACAUCGAGAAGGACAUUGCGGCUCAUAUCAAGAAGGAAUUUGAUAAGAAGUACAAUCCUACCUGGCAUUGCAUCGUGGGGAGGAACUUCGGUAGUUACGUGACACAUGAAACCAAACACUUCAUCUACUUCUACCUGGGCCAAGUGGCCAUUCUUCUGUUCAAAUCUGGUUAAAAGCAUGGACUGAAAAGGCCGGGCAUGGUGGCUCACGCCUGUAAUCCCAGCACUUUGGGAGGCCG